UGGGCACGCGAAGAGGCAGGGAAUACGGCGCGCGGCGUACAUUGCGCACUUGGUCCAAAUGUUAAGUGUUUUUUUUCGCGUCCUCUGCCCGCGCUCAGCACCGCGAGUCUGCAAACUCAGACCUCUCAACCCUCCGCGUCUCGCGCGCGUUUCAUCAUCUCCUUCUAUUGAGUCUUCAAAGACGGAGGAACUAUCGAAUUAGUGCCAAGUCUGAUAAUGUCAGGCGCUUUGAGGAACGUCUAGGAAUUGUCCUUAUUUAAGUCUGUCGGCUGGACAUUGUCCUGAGCUUUUUGCGCUGGUAUACCACACAACAAUGACCAGAAGUGCGUGGUCAUUUUUCAGGCAGAACCCACGGGAAAUUUUUACGGUUCACCUCGCCGACCUGAUUAUGUUUCCAUAGCUUUUGACUUUUCGGUGGAGUAUAUUCCAAUGAUUUCAUAAACUUUAAUCGAAACACGGGCUCAGGAGAUAACAUUUGAGAAUAACUUAGACACAACCACCUGCCCAUGGUCGAGGGUUGUCAUCACCAACCAAGCCCAUACUAAAGGAUGAAAUAACUGGCAAGUAAUCGCGGACUCGAAACGUCCUUGUUUUGCGAGAUAUUUUGCAGUGUGCGCUGUAGGAGGAUUGACAGCGUGCAUCUGGAGUGCUACCGUCUACUUCGCUUUGAAGGAUAUUAAAGCCUUAUAAUGAAUGCGUUAAGGACAGUCGGAGUAACGUCUUUAACUUAAAAGUGUUAUCACAAGCAACUAUCGACAUUUGUGGGAUCGACCAUAAAUGGGAGGAUUCCCGAACCACUGACGCGGAUUCGGUGUCAAGAAAAUGUGGAUAAAACGGUGUAUCACUCGCAGCUCGGUUUGUGUGCAGUGGGGGGUGUUCUCCAUGUGCGUCCACGCGUGGCUACUGCUGACGGUGCUGCACCUGGCGGUGGAUGUGUGCCUGUGCUCGCCGCUGGCCCCUGGCCGCUCCGUUGCCCCGGGCCCCCGGCCCCUGUGGGCCCUGACUGGGGUGCGGGCGCCGUACUGGAGGACUCUGGGAAACCUGCGUCGGACCCCCCCUUCCUCCUCCUCCUCCUCCUCGCACCCCGUCCUCCGCUCCUCGCCCGGCGACCGGCCGGCCCGCGGAAGCCCUGAGCUGCGGUUGUCACGGCGACGGCGGGCCGUGCAGCUGGGCGGCGGGUGGUGGUCGGGGCAUGUGGAGCGGUCGCCCCUGGCGACGGAGGGUGGGCGCAGGGUCAGGGGUCGUGGGGGUCGCGGCCGGCGGCAGCUAGACGAGGACGGCGCUGACAGCACCACCACGGUGGCCGGCUUCAUCGACUGGGGGCCUACCGGUGCCGACGAGGUCCUGGAGGAGAACGGGGCCCGCGGCGCAGUGACGGUCACACGGCAACCUGUCACCACAACAACCCCGGCCCCGACAACCACCACCACCACCACACGCAGCCCCAGGCCGCGCACCGAACACACCACACACAAACCUCACCGGCUCACCACGACGCCCGCCAGCGUCGCACACACCGCCCGGCCACCGAGGCCCGAGACGCCAGGUCUGGCAGUGCACCAGAUCAUCACCAUCACUGUGUCCCUCAUCAUGGUGAUUGCUGCCCUCAUCACCACACUGGUCCUUAAGAACUGCUGUGCGCAGUCAGGGAACGGCCGUCACAGUAGUCACCAGCGCAAGAUCAACCAGCAGGAGGAGAGCUGCCAGAAUCUGACCGACUUCACGCCGGCACGCGUGCCCAGCAAGGUGGACAUCUUCACCGCCUACAACGACAGUUUACAGUGCUCGCACGAGUGUGUGCGCAACGCCGUGCCCAUCUACACUGACGAGAUGAUCCAACACACGCCCAUAUACAAAACUAGCUACAAUGGAAGCAGACCUUCGCCCAGUGAGCGGCAGCUGAUCCCUGUGGCCUUCGUGUCGGAGAAGUGGUUCGAGAUCUCCUGUUGAGCUCCUCCUCCGCCCGGGGAACGGGCAGACUAACACACGAGUGCCCAGGAUCCAUGUGGAAAACUUUUACACCGCGUGAAAACCAAUUACCGGAGCAAAAACUACACCAGGAGAAAAUGAAAGAAACAAAAAAAGAAGAGAUUUCUACCAGAACGGCUCUCUCGGGACAUGAGCAAAGAGAUUUAUUUUUCUAAAAGAAUUGCAAAGCAGAGCAGAGCUAUGGAUGCCACUCCUAAUUAUUUUCCAUAGACCUACGGCAAUUUAGAGAAUCCUUAGAGUUGAUAUAUAUAUAUAUAUAUAUAUACACACACACACACACAUAUACAUAUGAUAUAUAAAUGUACUGUAUGUGUCAGUGUGCACACGGAGGGACGGACUGACUGAUGUGCCAAUCACGCCACAAUGUGCCACAGCCUGUACAUAUGGACCCAGCCAGGGCGCGGGCGCGGGAGACCGCCACCCGGCGCGGCCGUGCCACACCGCGUUGCUCUGCUCCUGCACCGAGCCCACUGUCUGCUCUUAGACGCAGUCAACAUGUGUUACUAGAAGAAAAAAAAAAGUAUUUGAAUAUGUUUUGAAAUAGUUGAAGAAAUGUGUUGCAAAAGUCCAAAAAUAUUUAUAUCAACAACCACUACCGAGUUCUUCUAGAUAGACAAAAUAUGAAAAUAUUGAAAAACGACUUUACCCAAAGUUUAAUUUCAACCCAUUGUUCAUAAACUCCAUUUUGAGGUGAAAUGGUCUUCUCUAUUUUUCUAUAACUGGGGUCAGUGUGCUCACUAAUCUCAGCUGAAUCUCGAUGAAGUCGUCGGACUGUUAAUCUUAUCCCAUGCUCCAGUGAGACACUCCUCUCCCAGACUCUUUUUAAAAUGGUGUCCUCUACAAGACGCUUUUUAAAACAGUGUCCUCCAUGAGACACUUUUUAAAAUGGCGUCGUCUUUGAGCCGCUUUUUAAAACGCUGUUAUCUGAAAUUCUUUUUUUUACUCUGAAGCUCGGGAAGUUUCAGAGGUUUUCUCAUUUGUUCUCUCCACUCCCAGCUGCUCAGCCAUAUCCCUGCUGAGGAGAAGGGUGGGAGAGAGGGAGCACUGUGUCUCAUGGACAGACAAAGAGAGAGAGAGAGAGAGAG